AUGUCAUCCCCGCAGGAGCUGGUGCCCCAAACAGAAUCCAUCGCGGAGGUCUACGCCACUGAUGAUGCUUCUGUGAACUCGGUUGCUCCGGAACACCAGCAGCGCUGGGCUGCUCUCGUUUCCCAGUUCAACAAGCAGUAUAAUCACCGUCCUGACUUCGUCGCGCGCAGCCCAGGGCGCGUCAACAUCAUCGGCGAGCACAUUGACUACUCUCUCUACGAUGUCCUCCCGACCGCCGUGAGCGUUGAUGUGAUCAUGGCCGUCAAGGUCGUCCCGGCUGGUACCGCGGGCACGACGGUGAAGAUCGCGAAUGUUAACCCGGAGAAAUUCCCUACCCGCGAGUUCGCUGUCCCUCAGGACUCCGAUAUCGAAAUUGACCCCAAGAAGCACGAGUGGGUGAACUACUUCAAAGCCGGCCUGCUAGGCGCCCUCAAGUUCCUUCGCAAUCAGGCCGCUGGCGCGCUGGUCCCUGCCAGUAUGGAGAUUCUGGUGGAUGGUAAUGUGCCCCCGGGUGGUGGUAUCUCCAGCAGCGCUGCAUUUGUCUGCGCAAGUGCUUUGGCGGUCAUGAAGGCCAACAACCACAACGUAUCGAAGCAGGAUCUAUUGGAUCUGGCCGUUGUAUCGGAGCGUGCUGUCGGUGUCUACUCUGGCGGCAUGGAUCAGGCUGCUUCCAUUUUUUCCAAGCGCGGCUUCCUGCUCUACACCCAAUUCUACCCUCAGUUCGCGGUUGAGCACGUUCCGAUCCCCAAGGCUACCAACGAAAUCACCUUCCUAAUGGCCCAGAGCUUCGUCACUUCGAACAAGGCCGAAACCGCUCCGCGACACUAUAACCUGCGUGUGGCCGAGUGCACACUCGCCGCGGUCAUCCUCGCUAAGCACUACGGCCUGACUCUUCCGAAGGACAACAGCUCCUUGGGAUACAGUCUACGUAACUUCCAGAACCAACUGAUGACCAAGGAGGGCCGUCUCGGCGACCCGUUGGAAUAUCAGAUCGACUCCGUCAUCCAGGCAACCCAAGAUCUCCUGACGAAGGAAGAAGGCUACACACGCGAAGAAAUGGCGGAGCUGCUGGGCAUCACCGUCGCCGAGCUGGAGUCAAACUUUCUGUCCGCGUUUCCUGUCCAAGCCGAGCGCUUCCUUCUGCGCCAGCGCACGCUGCACUGCUUCAAGGAGGCCCGCCGCGUGCUGGACUUCAAGGCAUGCCUUGCCAAUGCCUCGCAGCUGGAUGAGAAGCGCAUCCAGUACCUGGGUCAGCUGCUGAACGAGUCGCAAGAGUCGUGCCGCACUGCCUACGACUGUAGCGCUCCCGAGGUCGAUGAGAUUUGUGCCAUUGCCCGCCGUGCGGGCACUCUGGGUAGCCGGCUGACUGGUGCUGGAUGGGGAGGCUGCACCGUGCACAUGCUGCCCCAGGACAAGGUUGAGGCUGUCACGACGGCCCUGCGCAACGAGUACUACCUCAAGAAGUUCCCCGAUAUCACUGCUGAGAAGCUGGAGCAGGCUAUGGUUAUCAGCAAGCCGUCCAAUGGCUCAUUUGUAGUUGCGGGUGCUGCAAUUGAUCAAGUUGCUCUUUAA